GAGGAAGAAGCAGGCAGGUAUGAUUCUCUACACCUCACUCAGCAGAAGACUGACACCUUCAAGGCACCAGAUACGACUAGACUAGACUUCCACGAUGCAAGACAUGGCUGGCAUUCUCAAGCCCAUCAACGUUCCAAAGCGACCACUGACGCCAACUUCAUCUGUUGCUAUUUGUUCCCCGUUGAAGCGGUUGGCUGUCGAUGCCCCUGUAGGAACGAGCAUCUUCGACCAUGGGAACCUAGUUCCAAUGCCGUUCGAACACAGCUUUCUAGCUGAAGGCCACAUACAGCAGUACCUCUCUGGGGACCUCAUGCAGACUCCACAGACUCCACUGGGCCCGUCUAAAGACGCUAUUGAUAUACCCAAGACGCCGCCGACACAAACUUUCUCGCAUGUUUCUGUGGUAGAGUCUGAGGCACCAGACUGUUGGAUGAAAAAAGACGUAAAUCUAGACAAAGUAGGGGGCGAGGGGUUUGUACCGGUGGAAGAACUAUCCGGUGAACACCACGAUGCCGCAUCCGAGGCUUUGUCUACUGUAGAUGAAGAUCCCGGUAAGCCGUUUCCUGAGCUUGACGUCGACCGCCUUGCCCAGCCGUCGUCCAGGAGUGAGGAUAUUGUCGAAGAUGACUAUGACCUCGAAGGAUUUGAUGAAGAGGAGUUAAUUAAGCUGCUGGAAGAUACGGAAGAUAAGCCUCCUGGCCUCGCUCCCACAAGCGUCAUACAGAAGACGGAUUGCGAUUCGAGAUCGGCCUCAAGCUUCGACUCCAAGCUGCAGUUUUCGGAGACUGAUACACGCACGAGCGCCAUUUCUCCCAAGGCUGAUCCGGCUGAACCUAAUCUUCUUGACGAAGAUGUCGACUGGGAUCUUGUAACAGAAUGCGCAGCAACUGCGGCUGAUUCGUCUCCGAAUCAAAAGUUUGGAUCGAGUAUUGAGAGUAAUCCCAAGGAAGCACAGAAAGAGUGCCCAAGCCCGGCACCGUUCGUCAGACCCCCUUUUCCCGACAAAAUGAGGGACCGCUCUGUGGUCGUUGGACUCUCUUCCGCGAUGAUGAUGCGCACUUGCUUCAGAAUCGGAGAGCUGCUCAAUGCCCAAGCUAAAUGUAGCCGAGAGAAACAGGACGUCUUCUUUGAGCUUUUCGCGAGGGUGAUCUACUCCAGUCGGGAGAAAGUUGCCAGAGUGCAACACCUGCAGCUACGAGAUCUUUUCACCGAACGUCAGCCGUUUUUGAGUGGCGUAUUCAAAAGUUGGAAGAGUGGUGGUCCUGUAGAUGACCAAAGCAAAGUAUUCCUGGGACCCGACGGAAAGAACAAGUUGUGUCGAUGUGUUUGCAAGGUGUCAGAAGAUAAGAAAGCCACAAUCGGUCGUUCAGCAACCAUUCUGUCGAUCAGAGAGACGACUUGGGACGAGGUUCAGUGGGCCAUGAGAAUCGUUGCGAGGGAUACAACGUCGUACGACGACGUCGAUACUGAGGUGAAGGAGUCUCUAGUCAUCUGAGUGGCGCAGUUUGCUGAUAUGGAAGAUUUUGGGGAGGAAUGUUAUGAGACCUUGCUUGAUGUCGAAGAAGGAGCUGAGGACACAUAUCUAUAGCUUUGAGUGACCAGGAAGAAAAUUCAUGGAAGAAGUCAUCUAGAAGACAGG